UUCCUGCGCGCCGGGCAGCUGCUUCCUUCCCCGCGGGGCGGCCGCCGGCGCGCCCGGCCACGGGCGAGGGUGGGGGCGGCGUUGCCUGGCAGGACCAGGCCCCCCUCGGCGGCGGGGGGCGGCCGGCCCCGGUCUGAGGUGCCGGGGAAAGGGGGGGGUGGCCCCGGCGGAAAGUUGCCGCCGCCCGGUGGGGAUGGGGGGGCCGGGCCCGCCGGGAACUUGCUGCGCGCCGCCGGCCCGCGGCGCCGCGCGUCCCCUCACGGCCCGGCCCGGCCUGGCCCGGCGCGCUCAGGGGUCGGUGGGCAGGUGAACCGCCCAGCUCGGCAGACGCGAGUGUCACCGGAGGGGCUGGGGGAGGCCGAGGGGCACGGCGAGUGCCGGGCGGCUGGAGUGGGGGGGACGGGGCUGCCCGAGCCCGCGGGGCUGGGGCCGGCGUCCCGGUACCUCCGCAGGCGUGUAAAUGACAGCCCGACCCCCACCGGGGAAGAGCGAUUUUGGGGUGAGCUGACGGCUCGGAAAAGGGCCCCAGGCAGGUUGGGCGCCUCGCUGCUGUGGCUGAUCCGGAGUUGGAGAGCUCGGUGUCACUUACGGUGUCUUAACGUAGAAACUGAAACGACCGGAGGCGCGGCAGGGAGCUGUGGCUGGAGUACAUCGGUUCGGCUAAUGCCUGCUUUUGGCUGAACCCCUGGGCUCAGUAAAACCGAGCCGGUGUGGGUUUCUCGGUAACCCCGUGGCUGGGGUAUGCUGUCAGCGUGUAAAGCGGUCCUCCAACUUAAGGCAGAAGUGUUGCUAUGCUGCAAAUACAGUAGAGCCCCAUAUGUUUAGGAUUUUCUUUUUUUUUUUUUUUCUCCCUCCCUGUUAGAAAGUUUGAAAAAAAGGGACUUUGAAGUAUUUUGUUUAUACUAACAGAAGAGAAAAGUUCUCCUAAGAAAAAGCUGGUGGCAGGAGUGUAGAGGAGUAGCAUAUGGCAUUAAAAGGAGCACAGCUGGAGGUAGCAUUUCCAUCUGAACAUGAUGUCAGAGCAGCUGACAGCCUGCCAUCCCUCAGCCUUUUAUUCUAACACACAGACAGGGAGUUAGUGUGUGCAGAUCUGUGUGUGGAGAAGGUAUCUCAUUCCUCUCUAACAUCAUCUCCACUUUGCAUCUGUCUCUCCUAGUCUGCUUUUUUUCCACCGAUCUAACAGACCUGGAGCCAGCAAGACUCAGAGGAAAGGACUUAAUCAGGUUUAUGUGUACUAAAGGUUAUGAAGACAGUAUGGAGUUUCCUGACCACAGUAGACAUUUGCUACAGUGUCUGAGUGAGCAGAGACAUCAGGGUUUUCUUUGUGAUUGCACUGUUCUGGUAGGAGAUGCCCAGUUCCGAGCGCACAGAGCUGUACUGGCUUCAUGCAGCAUGUAUUUCCACCUCUUUUACAAGGACCAGCUGGACAAAAGGGACAUUGUUCAUCUGAACAGCGACAUUGUUACAGCCCCAGCUUUCGCUCUCCUGCUUGAAUUCAUGUAUGAAGGAAAGCUCCAGUUCAAAGACUUGCCCAUUGAAGACGUGCUAGCAGCUGCCAGUUAUCUCCACAUGUAUGACAUUGUCAAAGUCUGCAAAAAGAAGCUGAAAGAGAAAGCAACCACGGAGGCAGACAGUACAAAAAAGGAGGAAGACGCUUCAAGUUGUUCAGACAAAGUGGAGAGCCUCUCCGACGGCAGCAGCCACAUGCCAGGAGACUUGCCCAGCGAUGAAGACGAUGGAGAAGAUGAAAAAUUGAACAUCCUGCCUAGCAAAAGGGACUUGGCGGCGGAGCCUGGGAACAUGUGGAUGAGAUUGCCCUCAGACUCAGCAGGCAUUCCCCAGACUGGCGGAGAGGCAGAGACGCACGCAGCAGCAGCUGGAAAAACAGUAGCCAGCCCCUGCAGCUCAACAGAGUCUUUGUCCCAGAGGUCUGUCACCUCCGUGAGGGAUUCAGCAGAUGUUGACUGCGUGCUGGACCUGUCUGUCAAGUCCAGCCUUUCAGGAGUUGAAAACUUGAACAGUUCUUAUUUCUCUUCGCAGGACAUGCUUAGAAGCAGCCUGGUUCAGGUGAAGGUGGAGAAAGAGGCUUCCUGUGAUGAGAGUGAUGUUGGCACUAAUGACUAUGAUAUGGAACAUAGCACUGUGAAAGAAAGUGUGAGCACUAAUAACAGGGUACAGUAUGAGCCGGCCCACCUGGCUCCGAUGAGGGAAGAUUCGGUCUUGAGGGAGCUAGAUAGAGAGGACAAGGCAAGCGAUGACGAAAUGAUAACUCCAGAGAAUGAGAGAGUCCAGGUGGAAGGCAACAUGGACAGCAGCUUGCUCCCUUACGUGUCAAACAUACUUAGCCCCGCUGGCCAAAUUUUCAUGUGUCCUCUCUGCAACAAGGUCUUUCCUAGCCCCCACAUCCUGCAGAUCCAUUUAAGCACGCACUUUCGAGAGCAGGACGGGAUCCGCAGCAAGCCUGCUACCGAUGUCAAUGUCCCGACCUGCUCGUUGUGUGGUAAGACUUUUUCUUGCAUGUACACCUUGAAACGUCAUGAGAGGACUCAUUCAGGUGAAAAGCCCUACACUUGCACCCAGUGUGGGAAGAGCUUCCAGUACUCCCACAACCUGAGCCGCCACGCAGUGGUUCACACGCGGGAGAAGCCUCAUGCUUGUAAGUGGUGUGAACGCAGGUUCACGCAGUCCGGAGACCUUUACAGACACAUUCGGAAGUUUCACUGUGAGUUGGUGAACUCAUUGUCUGUCAAAAGCGAAGCACUGAGCUUACCUACUGUCAGAGACUGGACCUUAGAAGAUAGCUCACAAGAACUUUGGAAAUAAAAUUUUUAUAUAUAUAAAUAAUAUAUAUAUAAAUCUAUAUAGUUGUGGUACAGUCUAAAAGCAAUCUUGUUUCCUUGAACUGAAAGUUUGGCUAUUAGCUUGUUUUUUGCACUUUAAGGCAGCAUGAAUAUUUCGCCAAUUUAGCACUCCGAUAAAAAUGAACUCUAGAGGUAAUCCGACAAAGUCACAAAUUGCGGAGCGUACUUUUCCCCCUUUUCGGAAUAGAAGCCAGCGGAUACUUUACUUCUAAGGAAUCUCCAAUUCAAAAAAUUUGGAUGUGGCUUUAUUCUCCCCAAAACACUGUGUUCUUUUAAGCUCUCGAUCUUUCUCCUCUUUAAAAUCUGAAUGUAGAAAUCCUCUCCCAAUUUUGCCAGUUCCUUUACAUUUCUAUAGUUGCAUGAGUCCUUUCUAGCUGUUGGAAACCUGAAUGCUUUUAGACCCAAAUGGAAAAUUUCUGAAAUGCUGGAUUAUCUAUUUUUAAACAAGCAGUUGACUUAAAACUUAUUAUGGCAACUUCUGGAUUUCUGACAGUUCCCACUGGAAAAAAAAAAAAAAAAAAAAGAAAAAAACCACAAACAAACAGAAAAACAAAAAACAACAAAACAAAAAAAGGCAACAAAAACAUAAAACAAAAACCCUGAGAGUACACUGGGAUCACUGGGACUCUGUCUUACGUGAAGGUUUGCUUGGGAUGAAAAAGGAUAUUGCAGCUUCAGCAGUGAUGAACUGUGUGUUUAAAAAAUGUGAAUUACUGUUAUUGUAUACUGUAAUUGAUUACAUGGGCCGGGGGGAGGUAUCAAAGAACUUGGCAGGUUGUGUUGAUGCUCUUAGUUGAGUCUUGAAAAGUAAAUAUUAACGCUACAGAAAUGCAUGAUUUUCAGUAUAUUUUUGUCUUUGUUUGCAUUGUAUAACUUUAACGAGUGAGUUGAAAAUUAUUUAAUUUCCUUAGGAAAAAAACCCGACACCGUUGAAAAUGCCAGUGUUACGAAGAAGAGAAAUGCACUGUUUUUAUUUUAUCUAAUUUAAAUUUACUUUCCCACUGUCUUUAAGUUGAGAAGAACUUAAGCUGCGAGUCGCCGAUUUAGCUACGUUAAGAAGGAAAAAAAAAAAACCCCACAAAAAAACCCACAAAAAUACUGAAUGUUUACAACCAGGCUUCGAGAUUUGCAUGUGUGGUGUGCAUUUACUAACCCCAGCCCCUCCUAAUUGCACAGACCCCACGCCAGCUCCAGCUGAGGUGCGUCCAUUUCCCCAGAUGAGCAUUCGUAGGAUUCCUGCUGCACCGCUCCACCACAAUAGGUCGUUCUUUUUUUCCCCCCGCGUUGAAAAGAGGCUGUGGACUGAAAAAAAAAAUUAAAAAAAGGAAAAAAAAAAAAAAGAAGAAAAAGCCCUGGGCUGAAAGGCCUGGGCAGGCCUGAGUGACAGGGGGGCCGGGGGAGGGCAGGGGAAGGACUAUGCGUAUCCAAGCAGCAGAGACUGCAGCCUGACGUGUGGUUUUAAUGACCAACACGCAGGUCAAAAGCAUUUUGCACAGUGUUUGUUUUCCUGUCUUGCACUUACAAAUAAGGUCUAUGGGAGUAGCAUGGAAAACGUUUGCUGUUUUUCCUUUUUUUUUUUUUUUCCCCUUUUUUUUUUUUCUCUGCUUUUGUUUAAAAUUUGAUCGCCUUAACUACUGUAAACAUAGCCUAUUUUUGUGCUUAAGAUACUGAAUGGAAAACUCCAUUGUGUAUUGCUGGACUGUUUUGGAAAUAUUUGGUCAAAUGUGUGUUAAUUUGGCUGUAAUGGCAUUUAAAACAAAACAAAAAAAAAAGCUGUGAAAAUGGCCUUGGAGCGUUAUCUUUAGUUACUUGAAUAGUUUCUAGGUUUUAAAACUACAUUCUUUUCUUAAGUUAGAGAAGACAAUCAGUGUCUGAGGAAAAUGGACUUUCUCUUGGAUUUUUUUGUGGUCCUCGUGAGUGAUUGCUUUUUUCCUUUCCUUAGUUUCACAUUCUUCUUUUGUUCUAAAACUUAGACUGACAUCUAGCUUUGACAAUCAUAGUAUGUUUUAUUUUCCUGAGGGGGGAAUAACUUAUAAUGCUGUUUAGUUUUGUACUAUUGGUGUGUUGGUGAAUUUUUAAACUGUGUGCUAACUGCAAUAAAUUAUAUGAACUGAGAAAUCAA